CGGCGGCGGCGGCGGCGGCGGCGCGGAGAGCUCGGACUGGGAGCCAGAGCUCGGCUGGACAGCGCGAGAGCAGGAGCCGCAGGACCUGCAGCUCUGCCAGCUUGGGCCGAGCCCGGAGACCCCGGCCUGGCUGGUCCGCGCCCGCCGCAGACAGAGGCUGAGCAUGGAGCUGUCCCCCCGCAGCCCUCCCGAGAUGCUGGAGUCGGAUUGCCCGUCACCGCUGGAGCUGAAGUCAGCCCCCAGCAAGAAGAUGUGGAUUAAGCUUCGGUCUCUGUUGCGCUACAUGGUGAAGCAGCUGGAGAACGGGGAGGUAAACAUUGAAGAGCUGAAGAAAAACCUGGAAUACACAGCUUCUCUGCUGGAGGCUGUCUACAUAGACGAGACACGGCAAAUCUUGGACACGGAGGACGAGCUGCAGGAGCUGCGGUCAGAUGCCGUGCCUUCGGAGGUACGAGACUGGCUGGCCUCCACCUUCACCCAGCAGGCCCGGGCCAAAGGCCGCCGCGCAGAGGAGAAGCCCAAGUUCCGGAGCAUCGUGCACGCGGUGCAGGCUGGGAUCUUUGUGGAACGGAUGUUCCGGAGAACGUAUACCUCUGUGGGCCCCACCUAUUCCACUGUGGUCCUCAACUGUCUCAAGAACCUGGACCUCUGGUGCUUUGAUGUCUUUUCCUUGAACCGGGCAGCAGAUGACCACGCCCUGAAGACCAUUGUUUUUGAGUUACUGACUCGGCAUAACCUCAUCAGCCGCUUUAAGAUUCCCACUGUGUUUUUGAUGACUUUCCUGGAUGCACUGGAGACAGGCUAUGGGAAGUACAAGAACCCUUACCACAACCAGAUCCACGCAGCUGAUGUUACCCAGACAGUCCAUUGCUUCUUGCUCCGCACAGGGAUGGUGCAUUGCCUGUCGGAGAUCGAGGUCUUAGCCAUCAUCUUCGCUGCAGCCAUCCACGACUAUGAGCACACAGGCACUACGAACAGCUUCCACAUCCAGACCAAGUCGGAAUGUGCCAUCUUGUACAAUGAUCGCUCAGUGCUGGAGAAUCACCACAUUAGCUCUGUCUUCCGAAUAAUGCAGGAUGAUGAGAUGAACAUUUUCAUCAACCUCACCAAGGAUGAGUUUGUAGAGCUACGGGCCCUGGUCAUCGAGAUGGUGUUGGCCACGGACAUGUCCUGCCAUUUCCAGCAAGUGAAGUGCAUGAAGACAGCCUUGCAGCAGCUGGAGAGGAUUGACAAGUCCAAGGCCCUGUCUCUACUGCUCCAUGCUGCCGACAUCAGCCACCCAACCAAGCACUGGUCGGUUCACAGCCGCUGGACCAAGGCCCUCAUGGAGGAGUUCUUCCGCCAGGGCGACAAGGAGGCAGAGCUGGGCCUGCCCUUUUCUCCCCUGUGUGAUCGGACGUCCACUCUGGUGGCACAGUCGCAGAUCGGGUUCAUUGACUUCAUCGUGGAGCCCACCUUCUCUGUGCUGACUGAUGUGGCCGAGAAGAGUGUCCAGCCCCUGGUGGAUGAGGACUCCAAGUCUAAGAACCAGCCCAGUUUCCAGUGGCGCCAGCCUUCUCUGGAUGUGGAAGUGGGAGACCCCAACCCUGAUGUGGUCAGCUUCCGCUCUACCUGGACCAAAUACAUUCAGGAGAACAAGCAGAAAUGGAAGGAACGGGCAGCAAGUGGCGUCACCAACCAGAUGUCCAUUGACGAACUGUCCCCUUGUGAGGAAGAGGCCCUGCCCUCCCCUGCUGAAGAUGAACACAACCAGAAUGGGAAUCUGGACUAGCCUGGGGCUGGCCCAGGUCCUCAAUGAGUCCAAAGUGUUUGAUGUCAUCAGCACCAUCCAUCGGGACCGGCUCCCCCAUCUGCUCCAAGGGAGCAUGGAGGUUGAGGAACAGACAACCCACCCGAAGGCCAAAUGCCAGAGAUUGUGGGGUUGGGGGAAGGGCCCCUCCCCACCCGACACCCAUUGGGGCGCACUUUAAUCUCCCAGCAGGAAGUCUGGGGAACAUCAGGCUCCCAGUGGUCACUGUGCCCAUCCCCCUGCCUCUGGACUCCCCCCACCCCUCCCCCUGCCCCCAUCCCGAGGCCAGAUGGCUGGCUGGGAGUGGGGAGCUUCUUGGAGGCCUCCCAGGGCCCAGGGGGGAGGGUCAGAGAUGCCAGCCCCUGGGCCCUCCCCCAUCCUUUUUGCCUCCAAGUUUCUAAGCAAUACAUUUUGGGGGGUUCCCUCAGCUCCCCCCAGAUCUUAGCUGGCAGGUCUGGGUCCCCCUUUUCUUCCCCUGGGAGGGGCUGGAAUAGGAUAGAAAGCUGGGGGUUUUCAGAGCCCUGAGUGUGGAGAGGGGAGUGGGCUUCUUCAGGGCAUGGGACCUUUCUAGGGCCUGGGAAUGCGGGGGGUGUUCUCUUUACCCCAGACCUACACUGCUUCAGCGCCAUCCCCAGCCUCCCCGCCCCACCCCAUUCUUCCUUCCCUCCUAUUCUGAAAUGUCGACUAGGGGAAGAGAGGAGGCCUUUCCUGGGGUCCGCAAGAAUUUGGGGUUGGUCUAGGCCCCUGGGGUUUGUCACCUACCCUGGCUGUCCUGAGCCCUUUGCCUCCUUCCUCUCCCCUGGGGCUGGGAGGCUCCCAUCCGACCAAUGUCUGUAAAGUGCUUUGAGGUUUCCCCAGCAAAGCACCUUCAGGAUGCAUCUUAUGAGCACCGGCAGGAGAGACCAGCGGGGUUGGGGCCAAGGGUGCACGUGAGGGUGAGGUAUAAUCCAGUAAUCCUGCAUUGCUAUCAGAGGGUUCCUCCCCUCCUCCCCCUUUCAGCGCCUGCGCACCUGCAGGCACCAAGAGGCCCCUCCCCUGGGACAAGUGGGGAGUGGCGGGUGGAGGCAGAUGGCAGGGACUCAGGGCUGCAGCAGUUGUGUUCCUGAAGAGAGCCCGCCAGGCCCUGUGCCCCAUCUCCUCAGGCUCCUUGAGCAGCCUUGUCCCAGCAAAGGCCCAAGUCCAGGCGACUGCCCUCCUCCUAUCCUGUAAAUACCAACCAUGCAUUUAUACAGUGGGCCCCGUUCGUGUGAAGUCCAUAUCCAUGGUCUCUUAGACCUGCCACCUUGACACUUGUCCCUCCUACCCCACCCCAAGUGGGGCAGAGACGCAUGUGACUCACCCCUGCCCUUGGUCUCCCAGAACCCUGCUAUAGCCAGAGAUCAAUAAAGAAGGGAGACCAGGCCUG